AUGGAGAGGUUUGGGCCCUUAAGUCCCCGACCCCCAUCAGGAAUGGUAGACAUGAGUGGACCCACAUUUGGUAAUUACGACGAGUGUGUGAAUAUUGAAAGUCCCGAUGAAGAAGAUAAACCUAAAAUCUAUGGACAAUACUGUGGAAUGGAUAUCAGGGAAAAUAUGGAUAUAACUCCCCAUUCAGUGCCCCGGGAAUAUCUGGAAAACAUUGGCCAGAAAUUGCCUCAAAACACAGCUUUCAAUUACAAAAACUUUUUCAGUCAAUUCUUUGAAAACUACAGGAAAGUUAUCUAUCGUAUGACACCCAAUGAUCUCUCGGAAGGCAUUGAGUUCAUUGAUAACACGCUGUUUGAUAACAUAAGACUAAUGAACGGACUUUGUUUGCCCACAACUUGUAAGGCUAGCGAUGUGUCCGCAGCCCUCACCGAAUGAAUCCUAAUACCCCCAUUUAAUCGGUUUGUCAUGGGAAACCUACACAUAUAUGAGAUACUAAGUCACCAAAAUGCCAAACAAAUAAUGUUGGGCUGGAGAAUCCACUAUUGGGCACCUCUUAACUACAUUCAAACCCAAAUCAUAGGCAUGUUAUUGGCCUACGCUGUCAGAUAUCAUCCGAAAGCAUACUUAGGCGGACCUAUAGGUCAUGUGAUUAUUUGGUUCAUCACUUUCUCUAUAACAUUGGGUCAUAUGUAUUGGCAAAAGGAUAUGAUCAUGCCCGGUUUUGAAUAUGGUCCAUACGAACAAUAUCUCUAUCUAUUUUUUCACAAACCAUUAUAUCUAUCGUGGUUUGCAUGGCUUAUAUACGGCACGUCUACUGGCAGAUGGGGGUUUAAAGUAGUCGAUAACAUGUCACUCGAGAUCUAUAUUAUGCACGUAUUUGUGUUUGUGUACAGAAUUGGUGUUCAGCGAGAACUUCGUACAUAUAAUGAAUACUAUAUCUGGUCUUCAGCCAUCGCUGACUUCGUGUCCUCCUAUGUGUUGGCAGUAAUGGCAGGCUUUCUGGUGUCGCGACCCUUCGCCGCAAUGACUCAGGCGUUGAUUAAACCCAAACCAAAACCCAAAGCCGUUAGUGAUGUAUCAAAGGAUGACUUUUACAGUACUUCUGAUAGCAAUCACUGUUCGGAAGAUAAGAUUAUCGAUAGAUUUGUUGAUAUAUUUAUUCCCGACGACUACGAGGAGGGAAAGGCUAAUAUAAAGACAUCUAUGGGUACUCUCAAUGAGACUCUGGAAGCUAUGAAU